GCCGUCUCGCUCUAACUCGUGCAAUGCGCGUAUCAAACAAAACAACAGUCGAUUAUUCGGUUUCCUCCUGUUGAGUCGUCGUCGGUAAAGUUUAUAGACUUGCGCAAAUCAAUUUUUAGAUUGUAUUCGAUUGAACUAACCAGUUGCAAUACAAAACGGUGAUUUAUUAAAAUCGUGCCAGAUUUUUUUGUGAUAAACUUAUGUCUACCGAUUGUGCUGGAGCUGCGUAAUAAAAAUAAAAGGAUUUUUUGUGACAAGUCAAGUGGUUUCGAAUUUACUUUUGACGUCACCGCGGAGGACCAAUCAGCUGUGAGAGCAAGUGCGUGCAACAGGCUGAAUUCUUAUCGACAAGUGAAUUAUUUUGUUUUGAAACAUUGAACAUUUUUAUAGAUGGCUAAGUUUGGAUGAAGAGUUUUUGUUAAUAUGUUAUUAAAAUGUACUGCGGACGGGAGGCGUAUCAAAGUCAACGGAGCACCGGUCAGCCAAGGCAAUGUGGCGAGAGGCAUGAAAAUGACUAUGUCCACGACAUCCACGAUGAGCGCCCGCAUCCACCGCAAAGUGAUGCGGGCGCCGCAUAAACGCGCGCAUCCGGGCAAGAUGCCGCACCACGCGGGCAAAAUGACACACCACGCGGGAAAAUUGCCCCACCACGCGGGCAAAAUGACACACCACGCGGGCAAGUUGCCGCACCACGCGCACGCCGGCAAACUCUCGCACUUGGGCAAAUUCGGCAAGUUCUCGAACUACCCGCACACGGCACACUCGCUGCGGCCGCCGGAGCCGUGCGACAACUCGAACGACAGCGGGCUCGGCACGGACCACGACCAGCGCCACGCCGCAUCGAGAUUAUCGGACCCAGUGGAAGAAUGGGACUCGCCCGGCGGCAAGAGACGGCGCACCGCGAGCGAGACGGAGGUUAAGGUCGAGUGCGACAAUGCCACCGAUGCGUACACGUUCACAGCGGCGGCGACUGCGCCCCCCGCGCCGCCCCCCGUCGCCCUCGCCGCGCCCCCCGCUGCCGCCCCCGCCGCCCCCACCGCCAUGCCGCACGAAAUGAUCCGCGCGGGAUGCAGCCUAUCUAGUCCAUCCAUCCUCGAGGCGCCAGGCAAGCGGUUCCUGGAGCCGGCGUACCGGCCGUGCGGCAAGCAGGGCGGGGGCAAGGUCGCCAACAAGUUCUCCGGCGGCAAGCUGCCGAGCGGCAAGAUCGCCGGCGGCAAGUUGAGCGGGAAGCUGAGCGGGAAGUAUGGCGGCAAGCUGGCGCAGGCGCUGGCGCGGCGGCGGGCGCUGGCGCUGCACGCGGGCCCGCCCGGCCUGGCCGCGCCGCUCAUGUGCCGCUCGCGCGACGGCCGCGUCGAGCUGCAGAUCCUGUGCCAGCCCGAGUCGCAGCACAGAGCGAGAUAUCAGACUGAAGGCAGCCGAGGGGCUGUCAAAGACAACUCAGGGAAUGGGUUCCCAAUAGUCAAAUUAGUCGGUUAUGAUAAGCCGGCAGUUUUACAGGUAUUCAUAGGCACGGACACGGGCCGGGUAGCCCCGCACAUGUUCUACCAGGCGUGCCGCGUGUCCGGCAAGAACUCCACCCCGUGCAAGGAACGCAAGGAGGACGGCACCGUGGUCAUCGAGAUUGACCUCGAGCCCGCCAAGAACUGGCAGGUCACGUGCGACUGCGUGGGGAUCUUGAAGGAGCGCAACGUGGACGUAGAGCAUCGUUUCGGCGAGGCCCUCUCCUCAGGGUCCAGCGCGCACGUGUCGCGAGGCAAGAAGAAGUCCACCCGGUGCCGGAUGGUGUUCCGGACCGAGAUCCUCAACGCGGAGGGGCACACGGAGGCGCUGCAAGUGUGCUCGACGCAGAUUAUAUGCACGCAACCGCCCGGCGUGCCGGAGGUGUGCCGCAAGUCGCUGGUGUCGGCGCCGGCGACGGGCGGGCUGGAGCUGUACCUGCUGGGCAAGAACUUCCUCAAGGAGACGCGGGUCGUGUUCUGCCACCGCCACGACGCCGGCGUGUGGGAGGAGGAGGUCGUACCAGACAAGGAGUUUCUGCAACAGACUCACCUUGUCUGUUGCGUACCUCCGUACCAUCGUACUGACAUAACCGAGACAGUUAGCGUACAAUUCUUCGUGAGAUCAGGAGGCAAGACCUCUGAGCCUCACUCGUUCUACUACACCCCCCCCUCCCAGGACACCGGUCCGCAACAUUGCACGCGCCACCACGCACAAGGCGACGAGGCGCGCCCCGUGCUGCUGUGGGCGGGCGCCAUGCCGCCGCCGCCCGCGCCGCCGCGCCGGCCCUCGCUCAUCGUGCCCGAGCAGCAGUUCAAGGCGGAGGCGGAGGACGAGUCGCAGUCCUCGCUGCACGACGACGCCAGCUGCGAGCCGCCCGCGCCCGAGGACCUGCGCCUCAAGACCGAGCACCUGUUCCCCUCCCCGCCGCCCGCGCCCUCGCCGCUCGCCAGCUUCACGCAGCAGCUGCAGGCCAUGCAGAACCAGGUGCAGACCGACAAGAUGGUGGAGACCGUCACCGCCGCCAUCUUCAACUCGGACGCGGGCGCCGGGCAGAUCUACGCCGAGCCGCCGCUGCUGCCGCUGCCGGGCGGCAUAGCGGGCGGGCUGGCGGGCAUGCGGCGCCUGCUGGACGCGCCGCCGCCCAGCGAGCCGCUGUUGCCGCCGCUGCCCGCGCCGCCGCUGUCCUACCACUCGUUCGACAAGCUGGCGGGCGGCUCCCCGCGCGCCGACGGCUUCGACCCGUUCCGCGCGCACGAGUUCACCAAGAUGGAGUCGGAGCGCAUCGAGCAGCGCCUGGCGGAGCAGAGCGCGCACAUGGAGGCGCUCGUGGAGGACGCCAUGAAGGCCACGGCCGCCAUGCUGCCGGGCGACGCCGCCAAGCUGGACGAGCUGGUCAACUCGCGCGCCGACGACCACCUGGCGGGCCCCGCGCCGCCGCCCGCCGAGCCCGAGCUGCUGCUCAUGCCCGACCAGGUCAUCCCGAGCUCCGUCAAGACGCCGCCGGCCGCCGUCAAGUCCAUGAUCCUGAACGCGGCGGCGGAGAUCCUCACGUCCGACUCGACUAUGAACGCGCUGGUGACGUCCGCCAUAAACACGGCCAAUAUCCUGAGCACGGAGAGCGAGGCGCCGCCCGAGCCGGCCGCCGAGGCGCCGCUGGCCGCCAUGUCGCACGCCGUGUCGCAGGCCGUCACGCAGGCCGUGUCGCAGGCCGUCUCGCACGCCGUCUCGCAGGCCGUCACGCAGGAGAUGUCCGCGCCCGUGCAGGGGCUCACCGACAUGAGCGACUCCGACCUGCUCUCCUACAUCAACACCAGCACCUUCGACCAGGUGUAAGCAGAAUGCUCAUCAGCAACACGGCUCGUCGGCCGCGAAGCCCCCGCCCGAGGGUUCCCCGCGGCUCGACCAGCGGCAGCGUGCCCGUCGACGCGACGCUUGUUUAAUGCAUUUUGUACAUUUGUAGUGACGUGUUCAUGGCUCAAAAGCAGUUUUAUGUGAAUUUCUAAUGAAUGUUAACAUAAGUUUUAGCAAAGUGUUUAUCUAGUUGUACGUUUAGGUAUUAUUAAAAUCUCUACUCUCGUGUCUGCUGUGCACAGAUUUCUUUCUUUAUGAUUCUCAAACUGUAUUUUUAUUAACGACAAAGAACGUUUUUAGAAAUGUCAAUUAACGGCGAAGUGAGUCAGUAUUACAGGGCUAAAAACAGUUAUAGCUAUGGAGAAAUAUAAACUACAUUAUAUCCAAAAAUUAUGAGAUGAAAGUUCGAAAUGAUGAAAGAGAAAUUGUAUGAAAUGUUGCUGCUGAGAACAGAUUUAAGGAAUUCGAAUUUUAUAAUGUAAAAAUAGUGAUAGCGUUAUAUUAAUGUUAUUAUUGUAGGUUUUAAGGCAACUACGGCUAUUGCAGCGCGUUGAGAUACAUUAUGUUAAACUUUUAUAUUUUAUGUUUAGAUGAUCCGCUGCUAGGGCGACUCAAGUCUAGUUAUAGAUGGCGCUAGCGUCUCGGUUUGUGUGGAAUAGUUAAAGGUGUAGAGCAGGAUAGAAAGACGUGUAUCAUUCGUGUGAGAUGUUGAGGAAUGCGGGACCGCAGCCUGACUCGCCAUCUAUGCCCGUACGAAUGUGAUAUGUUGUUUACACUUCUGCAAGUUAAUUUUAUGUUUAAGAAACUGUACUGAUGUGAUGUUUAGAGCAAAGAUUUAAGUAGAUAAUGUGAAUGAAUUAUAUAACUGUUUCAAUUUGUGUACUAUACAAUUUUUAUAGGCGAUAAGAGAAUGCUACAUAUUUAAUUGUGCCAUUUACAUGUGUAUUCGUAGUUAUUGUAUCUGUAUAGGCGUAAAUGCAUAUCGUCGUCCAAAAUGUACCUACCGAACUACACAGAAUGUUGCAAAAAUAAUCGUAUUUAGCCGACUGAUGUAAAAAUAUAUUUUUACUUAUAUGAAAAAUAUAUAAUAUGAAUAAUUGAAAAACCUUGAACAGCGACUAGUGACAAAUUUUACACGUUAUAAAAUUUAAAGAAAUGAAUGAGGUGGCCAAAUUCACUCAUACUAGUUAUUUGCUGGUAGGUCUAAGUAAUACCAUCAGUGCAAGUAGAUAUACUACCGAGCUGCAUACAAUAAUUUAAAAUUACAACUACCUCGAAUGUAAACAAAUGAAAUGGUGAAACUACUUUUAUUUACAACGAACUAUACCGUGCCUUUUGAAACAUAGUCAAAUUCAUUCUCUGUAUUAAAAAUAAAUAAGUUCUAAUUUUAUAUAAAAAUAAAAUAAAUAUUUACACAAAUAGUACCUACUUGUAUAGUACAGUAUUUACUCAGGGACCACAAAUAUACCCUCAAUUUAUCCAAAAAGAUGUUAGAAUGGUGAAUUAAUGACCAAAUAUAGAUAAUCUAACAAUCUAAAACUAAGCAUAUCGUAAAUGAAUUUUAAAGAUUUUACAAACAGUUAAUGUAAGCUGAAUCUCUUCAGUAAAAUCUAUCGAAACUGUCUUCCCGUUUCAUUAAACUAACGAAAAUCAUUUAUGAUAUAUUUACUAUAAACUGUACGUUUCAUUUAGUUUCGUCUUCCAUUUUUUAUCAUAAAUAUGGAUCUGAUUGGAAGGCGUCGGCAGCUACCUACACUAUGGCAAAUGGUAAACGUACCUAUGUAAAUAAGUCUAUUUUAAAUGCACAAUUAAAACGCUGUUCAGUUGUAUGUAUAUUAGUUAAAUGAUUGUUAUAUUUAUAAUGAAAUAAAGUUUAAAUUUAUAGAGAUAGAACUCUAGUCGGUUUGUGUGUACCCUGUAUUUCACCAAUACCUUCAGUUUGAACGCCAAAUUAGUUCCACAGAUGAAACUAUUGGCGCUUCAAGUGUGGCGCACCGAGUGCUAUUAUAGGUGCAUUUUCCAUUCUCUGCACUUAUGAAUCGUGCACUAAGGAUAAGUAAUCGAAUUUCAUUGCGGCCGCUGGACUCCAAAUUUAGAUCAGGCACAAUGUCAAUAAAAUAAUGGAUAUUUUAUAGACAAACGGAUGGAAUAAUGAAUACAUAUUUUUUAAAGUAAUGAUGCGUAGACGCGUAGUGCGUUCAUGGUAGUACCUAAUUCAGUGACAACAACUUAACUGACUUGGCAUAGGUUUCGUAAACGUAUAUAAACUUUCGUUGACUUUGUUCUGGUUCUGCGUUAAUGCGUUAUGCCGACUUUAGGGCAGAUUUUUCAAUGAUCAGAUAAAAGUUAUCUGAGAAAUAAAAUUGUUGCUGUCACUGUCUCAUACAAACAUACAGACGCGACAGCAUUAGAAUUAUUCCGCAGAUAACUUUUAUCUGACUAUUGAAAAAUAAGCCCUAUGGGUCAGUUAAGUUUCUAUUAUAAGUACCUACCUAUCAUUUAUUUGAACACCAGCGGUGGGAAUGAAAUUCCGCUCGUAAUGCGUCCUUCUACAGUCUCUAGACUACCUACAUGUGAAGAGAUUGAGCGUGUGGGACAGGAUAUACAUUAAAAUGCUACUUGCCGAGGUUAUGAAGAUCACAUGUAUGUUAUUUGUUUGAUGUAAUUAAUUAAAUGUUAUGAAAAAUAUGACUGUCUGA